CUUGCAGAAAAUUCUCAGCAAGAAUCUAACAUGUCCGCGCGUGCGACUAUGCGAGGGGAUCAAUUAGAGUCAUUUAUGACUGUAACAGAACGGCCAAUAGAUGAAUCACAACAAGUUUUAGUGCGUAUAGCUGAAUCAAAUGAGGUUCCAAUAGAAUGGCCUGAACUUAAAUACAUAAUAAAAUCACAGCUUAGUAAGAUGCGUGAAGAAGGGACCGAAGAGACGGAUGCCGUUAACGGGUUGUAUUCUAAAUUACUUGAAGAACGUAAUAAACUACUAGAAGAUAUAAUAAAACGAUUAGACAAGUUCAAUGAGACACCAUUUACCAUUCAGCGGGUAGCUGAACUGAUGAUAAAGCCUCAUGAAUAUUAUGUAAAUACAGUAAAAUGGUUGCGCGGUCUAGAAAAGGUCUUAUCCGUUCAUUCCUCAACAAAAAGUUUUCCUGAUGGAGGACAAGUAGAGGCAAGUCUUACGCUGUCAGAAGCAGAUACUGCAGACGUUUAUGGGAGUAUACAUGAUGCAGAAGAGACAACCAGAAAUGAGUCGAAUGCUGACGAUCAGUCAAUGGACGAAGAUGAGGCAGAGGCAUAUCUAGAUGCGGUCAUAAAUGGCGAUGAAUCUGUUAACAAUGAUGAGGAAAAUAUUACCGUGCGGGCAACGGAAAAUUUUUAUUAUGGAUUGCUAUCCAUGGACUCUACUGAUGAAUGA